AUGGCAAAGGCUCCUCAAGAUUUGCAAAUCGCCAUCCUGGGCGCUGGUAUGGGUGGUCUCACCUGUGCCCUUGCUCUGGCUCAGCGCGGUUUUAAGAACAUUGAUGUGUAUGAGAAUGCCCACGAUCUGGGCUUCGUCGGUGCUGGUAUCCAGCUUGCGCCCAACAUGGCGCGCGUCCUCGAUGGCCUUGGUGUCUGGAAGGGCAUUGAGGCCGAGGCUGUUAACAUUGGAGAUACCUCCGUCCGUGUUGGUGCCGAUAACAGUGAGCUCGCCCACGUUGAGCUCGGAUAUAUUAAGGAGACAUAUGAUUACCCUCACAUGGUUGGCCACCGCUCUUCUUUGGCCAACGGUCUUUACCAGGGCUGCUUGAAGGAGUCUGCUAUUAAGUUCCACUUCGCUACUACCGCCUCAGACGUCGACUCCUUCGGUCCCCGUCCUUCUUUCACUGCCACUUCCCGUGAUGAGGGAACUGUUUCCAAGGUCGAGUGUGAUAUUCUCCUGGGUGCCGACGGUAUCAAGUCCGAGACUCGCCAGGCUAUGCUGAAGCUCCUGAAUAUCAACGUUGGCGUCAAGGACACCAACCAGGCUGCCUACCGUAUCAUGAUUCACAAGGACCAGAUCAAGGAUGACCCUGAGCUCCUGGAACUCAUUAACAGCACCACUGUAACCCGCUGGAUCGGUGAGAAGCGCCACAUUAUCGCCUACGCCGUCUCCAACAACACCAUCUACAACCUCUCCACCACCCAGCCCGAUACCAACUUCGCCGCUGCUACCAACGCCACCUACACCACCAAGGGUGACAAGAAGGCCAUGUUGAACGUCUUCUCUGACUUCUGCCCCAUGGUCCAGCGUUUGCUCGACUACGUCCCUGAGGGCGAGGUCUGCGAGUGGAAGCUCCGUUCCGUCGCCCUGGUCGGUGACGCUUGCCACCCUACCCUCCCUCACUUGGCUCAGGGUGCUGCCCAGGCCAUCGAGGACGGUGCCGUUAUCGCCGCCGCUCUCUCCCGUCUCCCCGACACUACCCCCGAGUCCAUUAACAAGGCUCUGCGUGUUUACGAGAAGGUCCGUAAGGAGCGUGCUGAGACUCUGGUCGAGAUGGCCGCUGCUUCCGGUCGUGCCCUUCACCUUGGCGACGGAGCCGCUAAGGCUGAGCGUGACCGUCAAUUCGCUGAGCUCAAGGCUAAGGGUGGUAAGGGACCUGUUCCUGAUAAGUGGGCUGAUGCCGAUGUCCAGCGUAACAUCUAUGGUUUUGACUGCACUAAGAUUACUGAGGAGAAGUUCGAUGAGUACUUCUCGGCGAUGUAA